UUAUCUACAUAUAAGCGAGGGGAAGGAGUACACCUAUUAAUUUCUUACUCAGAAUCCCUAGACAAAAUCGUUUUGAUUUGGAACUUGGAAGCCAUGGCAGAUAAGAAAGUUACGGCCAAGGAAUUAGCAGAAGCUAGGGAUGUUUUAGAUAGAUAUAAUCGCAAUGGAGUUGUGGUUGUGGACGUCUCGCCUAAAGAAUCAUCCCACGCUCAUGAUAGAAAGAUGAGGAAAGAAAUCGAGGAUAGCUAUAACGAUCCCAUUUGUGAUACGCUGAUUUAUAGGGUCGUCAUGCAGGUUCUAAUCAUCGGCACUCUUAUUCCGUUACACAUUCAUCUCCAAAACAACGACCCUUACUUCUUCUUCGUAAGAUACAUGAUGGGGAUGUACGGUUUGUGCCUUUUUUUCGAAAUCGCAACCUUCAGAAGUGAAAUCGCAUCAAGUAAAGGUAUUGGAAGUAUCAGUCAUAUGGUUGGCAUUGUCGCAAUCAUCCUACACAUUCGUCUCAUCUCCCAGGUUCUUGCUAUGUGCAUGGGCAUACCAAUUCUUCUGUGGCUCUUGAUCACUGCAUGCUACCAUAGUCCAUAAAGCUGUAUCUGACGAUAUGAC